AUGGAUCACAUAGCUGCGGGGGAAGAGCAAAUCGUAUCGGAAAGGCUAAGAAGAAAGCUUGAAGAAGUUAAUGAAGCUGCUCAAGCUCAGCUUUCUCCUGUUCAAGAUCAUAUCAAUUUCACCCUUCAGCAAGCUUAUUUCAAAUGCGCAUACGAAUGCUUUGACAGAAGAAGAAAGCAAGAUGAGAUAAGUAACUGCGUCGAACACUGCAGUGUUCCCGUUGUCCAAUCUCAACUUCAUUUUGAGAACGAAAUGGCUCAGUUUCAGGAACGAUUAAACAGAUCACUAAUGGUGUGUCAAGACAAAUUCGAGGCUACGAAGCUCCAGAAGAUAAGACCUGAAGCGGUAAACGAGAUGGAGAGUUGUGUGCACAAAGCCAUUGAAGAGAACCUCAAUACAUUACCACAUGUUGUGCAGAGAAUGAAGAAAGCAUUUAACAUAAACAACUAA